CGAAAUGACCAAAAACUGCAAAUAAUGUGUUUCCCACACGAUGCAUGAGAGUGGAGUCGUUGUUGAUGUUUCGAUUUGUGGGGAUGUGGCUAGGCAACCAUCUUUAUAUUCAUGUGAAGAGGGAUAUGCAUGACAAGAUGUUUGAGGUAACCCUUUGAGACAGCUUUCCUUUUGUACAAAUUUUUCAUGUGUGGUUUGCUUAAAAUGGCAGCUCUUUCAUUGUAGAUUUUUGCCGACAUGGAGGAACUGGGCGUCCAGCCGAGUGUUUCGAUAGCCAACAUGAUCGGGACCGUGUUCCAGCAUCGAGGCAUGGUGGACAUGUACGAUAAGCUGAAAGCCAAGUACCCUCCGCCGAAGUGGGAGUUCAGAUACAUCAAGGGGAAGCAUGUGAGGAUUCGAGCCAAGCACUACCGUGAAUAUGAGAGUGAGAGCGGAGGUGGGAACAAAGAGGAUGCAAAUCUUGAUGACUCGAACGUGAUGGACGAUGAUGAGAACCCACACGAAAGCAGCAAUGAGGAAGAGACUAGUGUCAGAUCGGAUGAGUUUGACGAUGAGCUCGACUAUCAACUGGGUAGAGACACCAAUGGUAGCAGUAGAAACGAAGGUUCGAGCAAGAGUGGCGAUGAGGCGGCCUUUGCAUCAUAUCAGCAGUCCAUGGUUAGUAGAAUUGAAACAGGCGAGAGAUGAUGAAGAGGAAGAUGAUGGUGAAGAGGAAGAAGAUGGUGAUGGAGGUGCAAUGAUGAGUGUGAAAAUGUUUCUGAAGUGGCAAGAUGGUCACCUGCACUUUGACAAACAGAAGCUUGUUAUGCUUUGGCUGCUAUGUGAAGAGUACUCCCAAAAUUGGAGAAGCCCUCUGAACUAUAAAGGCUAUUAAGGAAGAAAUAGGAGAGAAGGAUUAAUGCAGGCAGCAUGAUUAUGUCAGGCAGUAUAACUGAUGUCGAAGAUUAGAGAUCACAGCAGCUGUAAAACUUGUCGCUGCAGGUGUCAGAUUAGAUGACAUGAUAUGGUGUGUGGAUAAUUUUGGUUGGUAAACAAUUUUGUUAUAUGAAAUAAUUUUGUUAUUAUAAUACUAUUAAUUUUUUAUAUUUUCAUUUUAGUGACUCAAAUCUCAUCGACCAAAUUGGUCAUAUGAAAUGAAUUUUUUGGUCGGCGUAUGUGUUUUUCGCAACCAAUUAUUAUGGUUGCAUUUAACUUUUAUAACCAUAAGAAUUAGUCGUAAGGGGUAUAGUUGGUCACCAUUCAUAUAUUUUACGACCAAUUAUUAUGGUUGUGCUAAAUUUUUAUAACUAAUAAAAUUAGUUACCUAAAAUAAUAUGAUUGGUCGGGAUAUGGAUUUUUGAUGACCAAAUUUUAUGGUUGCAUAACAAUUCAAUAACUAAAAUGAUUAGUUGCGAAAAAUGAUAUGAUUGGUCGAUAUAUGUAUCUUUGACGACCAAUUUUUAAGAUUGUGUUAAACUUUCAUAACCAAUUCUAUUGGUCACCAAAAUGGUUUAAUUGGUUGAGAUAUGUGUUUUUCACGACCAAUUGUUAUGGUUGUGUUAAAAUUUUAUAACAAAUAUAAUUAGUCGUCUAAAAUGGUAUAAUUGGUCGGGAUAUGUGUUUUUCACGACCAAAUUUCAUGGUUGUGUGAAAUUUUCGUAACCUAAACAAUUGGUUGUUGUAAUGAUAUAAUUGGUUGAUAUAUGUUAAUUUCCCAACCAAAUUGAAUGGUCACCUAUAAAACGUACGUAAAUUCUAUUUGCGACCAAAAAAAUUGGUUACUAAUAGUCACAUAAAAUUGGUUGUCAUUUACAUUUUUCGCGACCAAUCAAUUACAUUUCCCAACCAUUAAGUUGGACUAUGACAACCAACUUAAACUGGUCGCGAAAAAGUAGGGUUUUUUGCCAUUGGCAAAUUUGGUUGCGAACGCUUUCUUUUUCGCUACCAAUCCACAUUUUGGUUGCGCUAGGAAUUAGUAACGCGGCUAUAGCGACCAAUUCCGCUACCCAAAUAUUUUGGUCGCAAAAAGGUAUUUAUAACCAAUUUUUGACCUUUAGAAACCAAUUUUAUUGGUUGCAAAAAGCCAUUUUUCUUGUAGUGUAUUUACAUAUUUUUGGUUCGGGCGUCACACAUUUUACCCUCUCAAAUCUGAGAUUUUGACUCUCAGUUUUGGUGGAAACCCUAGCUCCAACAUAAGGAACACAAUGAAGAAGGAAAUGAAACGAACUUGUUGAUCAAAUGAAGUUUGUAAUUCGAACUGCUAACUUGUUUUCGUGGCUUAGCUUAACAAAAUGCAACGAGUUUAAACUUGUAAUCCCAAUAUACUCUGCCUUAGUAUGCUGAAUUUCACAAGGCUAAACUAAAUGCAUCGGGCUUAAACUUAUCGUUCAGUCCAGUUGUCGCAAACCUUUUUUUCCUUUAAAUCUUUAGGUUAAAGCUUACAGUCAAAAACAACAACACAAGAUAGGCAACAAACUUGAAAUUGCAUAAACUAUAGUAAGGAACACAUAAUAUUUAUUUAGUAUCCAAUGUUGAAGUAAUCAACACUGGCUAAUCCACGAUCCAAGAUCGCCUUGUGUGAUAUAAUUGAGUAUUAUCUUCCUUGUUAUGCCAAUUUGUCUCCAAAAUACAACGAUCACACCAACUCUCCUUGAGUGACAGAAUCGUCAAUCAAGAAACUCUCACAAA